GGUACCAAAAUGAGUGUAAAAAAGUCUCCUGAAGAACUGAAGAAAAUUUUUGAAAAAUAUGCAGCCAAAGAAGGCGAUCCAGACCAGCUGUCGAAGGGGGAGCUGAAGCAAUUGAUUCAGACUGAAUUCCCCACUUUACUGAAAGGUGCAAGCACUCUUGAUGUCCUCUUUCAAGAACUGGACAAGAAUGGAGACGGAGAAGUUAGUUUUGAAGAAUUCCAGGUGUUAGUAAAAAAGAUAUCCCAGUGAAGGAAAAAACAAAACAACAUCAUUCUAAGCACCAAAAGAAGAGUGCCUGGGAUGUGGCCCUACUCUGUAUGGAAUCACCAAAGUCUCUGUUUAAUUCUUUGCAAUUCUAAUAAUCUGGCAGUGAAGACCUAAUAAAGAAAUUCUUAGACAUGU